AUGUCGGACAAGUCGGCACAGUCGUCUCCGUCGCCGCUUCAGGUGGCGGUGAACGGCCAGGUGGACGAGUCUAGGAUGCCCAAGGGGCAUUGCCGGUACAUUUUGCUGUUGCCCGAAAUCAAGGGCCAGCGGUGUGCCUGUGUUGGCUUCUCCCUCAACAGAGGCAUCCCGAGCGCCACGUGCGAUUGUGGUCACCUGGCGUGCUACCACACCAAGGAGGUAGAGCCAUCCAAUGAACAGAAACAUGAACUGGAGCUCCUGCGGAAACGGAUACAGCAGCUAGAGGAACACAUUUCUAAAGGACACGAGGAUGUGCUCGACAGCGUCGUCACGCGGCUGAACGAGGUGGAAGACCACUUGGAAAAGAGCAGGGAGGAAUUCGGGGACCAAAUCAAGGGAACCUACCGGAAUGUCAGCAUCAGUUGGCGCUCGAUUGAGCAAGGGGAGCGCAAGAACUAUGAGCAGGAUGAGCAACUUCGUCAAAUUUACGACAAGCUCGGGGCACACGACGAGCGCCUUGAUAUGCUGCACGCUGGGCAGCUCGAGCUCCGGGAUGCCGACAUCAGUCUCGAGGAGCGGAUCGAAAACCUAACCGAAACUUUUCUCGAGGACCAAGAGAUAGCCCUGUCGAGGCCUAACCAGCGGCGCCUGCGGAGGAGGUCAACAUCUGACACGACUGUUCGCCCAAACCUCCCUUUGGGCCCUUUAGGCCCUUUAGGGGUAGGGGGCGCCCCUUCCGACAACGAUCUUCGCCCCCAACAAUCGCCCGAGACACGCACUUGCGGGCGAUGGCACGGCGGCGGCUCCAGGCGCGGCGACAUUCCGUUCCAGCAGGUGCCGAAACCGCUCCCCGCGUCUGCCCGGUCCACGGGCGCUUGGACCGUCCACAUCUCCCUUCUUCCCCAUGCCUCUGUGGCAAUGCCCUUCGAGAGGAACACCAACGCCUACCAGCGGUGUCUCUCUCGGGGCCUUCACAGGAUGGUUCCGGUCCAUGGCUACGACGCGGUCUCGUUCACCACGGCCGUGGAGAGGGACUUCGGCAGCUUUCUGAAGGGCCGCAAGUGGAUGCCUCUACAGGCCAAGCUCUGCGACGCCGAGACGCUCCAGGGUCUCCCCAUGCUGCGCCAGCUCGAACCCCACAUGGUGGAGGCGCCGUAUGAUCACAAGUUCUUGGUCGACCACUGUGCCGUGUGCGACGGCGGCGGUGUUAUCGACUCUCUGUACAUUGCGAUGCGAGAGCAUACCAUCUCUUGGCACACGCUGAGGCACUCGCCCGUCUUUGUCGAAGGCCUCGAGGAUGCCUGGGCCUACGACUCGCUGCUGGAUACUGAUCCAUUUACUAACAACAUGGCGAUCGAUGAUAUUGAUCGUCCUGCCGCCGGAGACAUCACGACCAUCUUACCGCCGCUGCAGCAGUCACUAAAACGGCCACUGACAGAGAUGUCCCGGUCCAGCAGUUUCGGAGCAGCCAGCUCCCCCCCCACUGGGGAUAACGAGGAAUCUCGUGUGAAGCGGACGCGCCCUCCCGUGGCCGUCGCUCCUAAUCCCCUCGUGGAAAUAAGGAGACGAGUGGAGACUGCGUGA